UGAAACCAGAUGGGGUCCAGCGCCGCCUUGUGGGACAGAUAAUGCAACGCUUUGAGCAGAGAUGCUUCAAACUGGUGGGCAUGAAGAUGCUGCAGGUGAGCCAAUUUCAAAUGAACCCCAAAGCCCCUGCCUCCUAGGAAUUUGUGUAGAUCUGAAAGGAUUGGAUAGGUAUAAGUAGUAUGAUAAUAAGCGAUAUGAUAGUAGAUUCAACUUUCCCUCUGAUACGACAAUUGGAACUUGGAUGGUGCUUGUUCAUUCAGUAUUCACACCCCUUGACUUUUUCCACAUUUUGUCGUUACAGCCUGAAUACAAUAUAGGAAAUUAUGUUUUUAGAAAUUUUCACAAAUUAAUAAAAAAUGAAAUUGCUGGAGUCAAUAUGUAUUCAACCCCUUUGUUAUGGCAAGCCUAAAAACGUUCAGGAGUAAAAAUGUGCUUAACAAGUCACAUAAGUUGCAUGGACUCACGCUGUGUGCAAUAAUAAUGUUUUUGAAUGACUACCUCAUCUCUGUACCCCUGUUACGAACCCUGUGGCUUUAAAAGUCUGGGGUGGAUGGAAAAGAGACCCGUAACAUAACUCAUGCAAAUUAGAAUAUUGACAAGGAACAGUGAGAACAAAAUACGCCGACAACCAUAUGCUACCGUCAAACACAAAAUGUUUAUUAUAAACACACGGUAAACGGUUUGGGGAAAAGGGGCUGAGCUGGACCCAAGGAUGAAACAAAGUCAAAAACCCCUAAACUGAUCUUGCCUGCCUCAAGAACCGCUAAGCUUACUGCUAACCAUACAAAAAUACAGUGGGUGGUCUGCUCAGAUCUAACUAGUGUGUUUAGACAAGGUUUUCCUAAGGGUAGUGUAUGCCCAAGGGCGACUUGCUAAAACACCCUUUUCCCAGGCACAAACAUAUUGAUGGACUUAACAGCAAACGAGUGAGUACACAAAAACAAGACACCACAGUAUACAUACUCACAAAGAAAAAAAGAGUCUCUGGUCAGAAAACACAACUGACUUGCUUUUUAAAACCAGGGGAUGUGUGAUGUGAUAUGGUAAUGAAUAACCAGAAUGACCACCAAUCAGGAAAACAAGGGACACCUGUGAUUAGGGCAGAAGGAGAGGAAAAACAAAUAUACAUACAGGAUACCUGUAUCCUAACAACCCCACACAUACAAUUAUCUGUAAGGUCGCUCAGUCGAGCAGUGAGGUUUUCCAAUGCCUCACAAAGAAGGGCACCUAUUGUUAGAUAGGUAAAAAAAAUAGAAGUAGUCAUGGAAUAUCCCUGUGAAGUUAUUAAUUACAUAUUUUACAUUUUAGUAGACACUCUUAUCCAGAGCAACUUACAGUUAGUGAAUACAUUAUUUUAUAUUUUUUUCAUACUGGAAUCGAACCCACAACUCUGGCGUUGCAAAUGCCAUGCUCUACCAACUGAGCUACCUCCCUGCCGGCCAUUCCCUCCCCCAAUUGCGCGCCGCCCCAUGGGUCUCCCGGUCGCGGCCGGCCGGCUACAACAGAGCCUGGAUUUGAACCAGGAUCUCUAGUGGCACAGCUAGCACUGCGAUGCAGUGCCUUAGACCACUGCGCCACUCAGGAGAAGUAACUUUAGAUAGUGUAUCAAUAUACCCAGUGACUACAAAGAUACCGCCGUCUUUUCUAACUCAGUUGCCGGAGAGGAAGCAAACUGCUCAGGGAUUUCACCAUGAGACUAAUGGUGACUUUAAAACAGUUACAGAAUGUAAUGGCUGUGAUAGGAGAAAACUGAGGAUGGAUCAACAACAUUGUAGUUACUCCACAAUACUAACCUAAUUGACAGAGUGAAAAGAAGGAAGCCUGUACACAAUAAACAUCUUCCAAAACAUGCAUCCUGUUUGCAACAAGGCACUAAAGUAAUACUGCAAAAAAUGUGGCAAAGCAAUUAACUUUUUGUCUUAAAUACAAAAGCGUUAUGUUUGGGGCAAACACAUCACUGAGUACCACUCUUCAUAUUUUCAAGCAUGGUGGUGGGUAUGGGUAUGCUUGUCAUCAGCAAGGACUAGGGAGCUAAGCACAGGCAAAAUCCUAGAGGAAAAUCUGGUUCAGUCUGCUUUCCAACAGACACUGGGAGAUGAAUUCACCUUUCAGCAGGACAAUAACCUAAAACACAAGGCGAAAUAUACAGUUGCUUACCAAGCAGACAGUGAAUGUUCCUGAGUGGCCGAGUUAGAGUUUUGACUUAAAUCUCCUUGGAAAUCUAUGAAAAUGGUCGUCUAGCAAUGAUCAACAACCAAUUUGACAGAGCUUGAAUGGGCGAAUGUUGCACAAUCCAGGUGUGGAAAACUCUUAGAGACUUACCCAGAAAGACUAACAGCUGUAAUCGCAGCAAAAGGUGCUUCUACAAACUAUUGACUCAGGGGUGUGUCUAAAAUGUCUAAAAACACAUUUUCACUUUAUGGGGUAUUGUGUAGAUUUUCUAUUUUGAAUGGAGGCUGUAACACAACAAAAUGUGGAAUAAGUCAAGGGGUAUGAAUACUUUAUGAAGGCACUGUAAAUACCAGACUGUAAAAUAAAAGUUAACCCAAUGUUGGCUUUCUUUCUUUCUUUCUUUUAGGCACCAGAGGAGCUGCUCUCUCAGCACUACCAGGAGUUAAGGAUGAAGCCCUUUUACCCCAGUCUCCUGCACUACAUGACCUCUGGUCCCAUAGUUGUU